AUGCUCCACCAUGCUAAGCUGGAAAAGUGCUUCUGGGCCGAAGCAGCAAUGACGGCAAUUUACGUCAAAAAUCGUCUGCCCUCGCCCAAAGAUGUACACAAGACUCCGUUCGAGAUCGUCCACAACUCCAAGCCAAGUGUCAAGCACAUGCGGGUGUUCGGUUGUCAGGUUUACAUACUGACACCGAAGGAGAAGUGA